CUACCGCGUUCAAGUUCCCCCGUACACAUGUCUUAGCAUCUUGAUUCGCUUCCUUGUUGCCUUCCUACGCCCAUGUUGGAGAUUCGUCAAUCCCUUGCCUUUGGAGCCUUCACGGGCUUCAUUGUCUUCGUUCUCUACCGCGGGAUAUCCUACGAGGCGCAUAGAUCGACCGCGUACGAUGUGGACGAGGUCGACGUGCAGGCUGUCAGCCUUCCGGACUUCAGCGCGUAUAGGGACAUCGCUACGCUGUCUACGGACGAGUUCCCUCUAGACGAUCCCCAUAGACGGGUUAUAAUAGUUGGGGACAUACAUGGCAUGAACAAGGAGAUGCACCGCCUCCUCGAAAAGCUCAACUACGACGAGAGCUCCGACAAGUUCAUCCAUGUCGGCGACCUUGUCGCCAAGGGUCCGCACAAGGGCUCCCUGGCCGUUCUCUCCUACAUGUCCUCGCACAACAUCACCGGCGUCCGCGGCAAUCACGACCAGAAGGUCAUCGAAUGGCGCGGCUGGCUCGACUGGAUCCACGCGCAGCCUGGCGGCAAGAAGUGGCUCACGGCCCUCAACGACGACUGGGAGUCGCACAAGGUCGACGACGACCAGCUCUCCGAGUGGAUUGAGAAGGCGAAGAAGAAGCACAAGAGCAAGUGGUGGCGGAAGGUUCCCGACGGGUGGAGGCUCUUCAGCGACCACUACCGGAUCGCACGUGAUAUGCGGAAGGAGGACUUCGAGUAUCUGAAGAACCUCCCAUUGAAGAUCCACAUCCCAUCUGCGCACGCGUUCAUCGUCCACGCCGGACUGCUACCUUCGGAUCCGAACUACAAGCCGAACCACAAGCGUCAGCCGCUAGCCAGGAUUCCGAGCCUGCCAAAGGAUCUGGCGAGCUCGAGCAAGGAAUCCGCGCUGCGCGAGAUUCAGGAGCGCGCCAUCCUGACGGAGGUGCCGCAGAACACGGAUCCGUGGACGAACAUUAACAUGCGCAGCGUGUUGGACGAUGGUGAUGUGACGAGGAAGGGCAACGACGGUACACCCUGGUCCCACUACUGGAAUCGGGAUAUGAAGAGCUGCGUUGGGUACGACGGAAGUCUGCGUCUCGGAGACGAGGAAGAGGUGGAGAAGCACAAGGAUCGGGAGCUUCCUUGUAUGCCUUCGACGGUCGUAUACGGGCAUGCGGCGGCCCGUGGUCUCGACGUGAAGCGGUGGUCCAUCGGUUUGGACAGCGGGGCUGUCUACGGUCGCCGCCUCACCGCGCUCAUCCUUUCCUACAAGGAUCAGAAGAUCUACGAGACUAUUGAAGGUGACGAGACGGUCGACGAGGACGAGGACGAUGAUGAAGAGGAUGAAGACGACGACGACGACGAUGAAGACGAUGAUGAAGAUGAGGAUGACCGCAAGCGCCAGCAGCCUUCAUUGUCACGGCGGAAGAAGCACCGCAAGUGGGCGCGGUUUGGCGAUCGCGGGAGGGGGAAGUUGGUCAGUGUGAAAGUGUGAAGUGCUCUCGAGGCGUCAGGAUCCGGCCCUCUUGAAGAUGCGCUGUACGUUUUCUUGGAUCUGCCGCUUGGUUGUGACGCGUCAAACUCGUCAUUGUGUCCUCUUGCGCUCAUCUCUUGCCCGGGACCAGCGCAUCAGUGACUCUGUUUGGUUGUCCACCGCGCUACUGAUAGCAAUGUAUUUCUAGAGUCCAUGUUGUCUCAUACCUUACUCUUCACCACCUGUCCUCCCUGUAGAAUGGCAGUGGUCGUAAUAUGCUUGAGUUCGCUUCUCUCGAG